AUGGAGCCGCUGGGCUGGAAACUGCGGGCCAACAACCCGGUGUUCCGGGAGGCAGGCAACUCUCCCCACACAGAGCUCGCCAUCGCCGACGAACCUGGGACCCCCGCCCAUGCCCGGAUCGCGACCGCAGCCAGCGCCCUGUCCACUCCCUGCGGCAGCGAGAAGCAGAUGAUUGCCUGCGUCUACCCACGCAGCCACGUGGUGGGAUCGGGGAGCGGCAACGCUGGGGCUGCUCUGGAGUCUGAGGCCUCGGCUACCGAGCACUCUGCAGCCUCCAUGGGUUCCGAGGCCGUGGACUCGCCAGCAUCCUGCGGGAGUGAUGCGGCCACUGAUCUGUUGGAGGGGGGAGACCCCACCCCGCGCCCCACCAGUCGCACCCUGGGCCUGGAGGAGCCGAGCUUCGUCACAGCACAGCGGGUCGCUGCCGAGGCAGGCGACCUGCCUGGCCAGAAGCCCCAGCCAGAGGCCCUGCGUCCAGCCCAGCCCCUGCCGGGGGUGGACCGGGAAGCUGCCUUGGUGCCUUCUGUCGACCCUGCAGAGGCUGAGGAGGCCGCCCUUCCCCCCCCUCUGGCCACUUCUGCGGAGAAGGCACGCAGCUCCCUGCUCUCCUACUACGCCCAGACCGGGGAAACCCGCACCAUUGAGGCUGGCGCCGAGCCCCGAUGCGUCACGCUGUCACCGACAGAUGCCCCGGCCCCAUCUUCCUCCGGCAAGGUGUCGCGCGUCUUGACCCGCCUCCCAGGAGCCCUGCCGCUCGUGGUCCGAGGGCUCGUGCUGCUGGGUCUCCUGGCUGGCCUGGCCUGGGUGCCGCUGACCGGGCCUCCGCACCUCCUCUCCCGAGCCGCCUCCCCGGCGCCAGGCCUCAAGCUGGUCGUGGGCCCGAGGGAACUGCUGCCCCUCUGGCGUCGCAUGCAGUCUGCCGCCGCGGCGCAGGCCACCACCGCACCGAUCCCCGCACCUGCAACCUUGGCAGGGGUUAACCCCUGGACCCUCCCCCGGGCCGUGCUGGAUGGCCCCGCGGCCGCGCUUUCCCGCAUCGUGCGCGCCGGCGCCCCCGGCUUGGCGCCCCCGCACGACCCGGGCGCGCCCGUGCCCGCUAGCGCAAGGGUGCAGGCGGCGGAGGAGGCGGGGCCCUCGCUCGCCCACCGCGCCCGGCAGCUGAGUGCCUGGGUCCAGGCGGGACCGGCCGGGAGGGUCCUGGGCGCGACGCGAGGGACGAUGGGUGCUUCCCUCCCCUCGCUCGCCCUCCUGGGCCCCGUGCUGGCCUUUGGCGGGCCCGCCCUGCUCCUCGUCGGUGUCCUGGCGGCCUGCCUGCUGGCGGGGCAGUCCUCCACCGGCUCAGCAUCGACCACUGGGCUCGCGUCCGGCGCCGCGACCGAGGCGCCCGACUUUCCCACGCACACGCCCGCUGUGGGCGGCAGGCUAGCGCGGCGGGGGGGGGUGGCGGGUGCCCGCGAUGCUCUGUCGUUCCAGGGCGGGCGCGGCACGACCACGUCCCCAUGCACGGCGCCCGUGUGGAAGCACGGGGGCGGUGCCCUGGCCGCUUCCAGCGCGGGGCACGCCCAGAGAGUGACCCGCCGCUCCCCCACGCAACCUCCCCGCAGGCGCCGCACGGCCACGGCCCCCCGGCCGCAGACCGCCUCGCCCGUGGCCUCGUACACCGCGCGCCAGUCUGCCAAGCGCGGCGCAGACUCCGCCCUCACCGGCCCGACGGCCUCCACCUCCACACCGGGGGUGCACACCCGCCGCAUGGCACGCACGGCGCUCGCCUAG